AUGGCUAACCAAAAGACGGAGGAUAUCAAGGAUCUAAAAGCCUUCCGCUACAUGCAGCGGCAGCGACAAGACUACUUCGACCAGUUCCGCAGAGGACUGAAUUAUGGUCAGCCCGGCAACGAGGCAUUGAUGAGAAUGCAAGUCCCCAAGCCUGGGAAAUGGAAGGGCUACCAAAACAAACACGCAAGGCACUUUGUCUACAAAAUCCAGGAGGUGUGGGACGAGGCAGGUCCUGGACAGACCAGGCAGGCUGCCUUGGAGGCCAACGACAGACUAGCUGCGACUAUGGCGGUUGCUGACUUCAGGCUGGUCAAGGUUCUUGGCUGGGGUGGUUUGGGCGUGGCCAGUAUGUACGACGCCGUUGGCAAGGACAACAAAAUGCUACGGGUCGUGUGCAAGAUUGACAUCUUUCCCCAUUACCCGUGUAUCCCCCGUGAGGUCAAGGCCCAUCUCAUGACCGCGGGCGCGAAACACGUCAUGCAGCAGGUUAUCCUGCAGGCUGAGGGGGGUAUAUCUGAUGCCGCGAUCAACAGACUGGGAAAUAUAGCGAGGCAGACAGCGGCUGGGGUGGAUAUGACUAUGCCUACGUCUAUUGAUAAUAGGGGGAGAAAACGCAAACGUGACCCCAAGCAUGGCGAUGGCAAUGAUGAUUUCGAAGUGAUUGAGGCGGUGCCAAUUGGCGAGUUUGAGGAGCUGGAUUUGAACGAAAUCAAACACGACAUGAAAGUAGACGCGAGAAAAGAGCUGGAUACGAACCAGAGGGUGCUGUUUAUUCAGUUUAUGAAUCGUGGCCGGUUGGACGAUCAUAUCUGCCGGGCUGCCAUGACCAGGAGGCCGUUCCCGACUCUGGUUUUGUGGCAAGUGUUUGAUUUAUUUCGCGGUGUGAUAGGGAUGGCCUAUCCUGAAGCCUUUAUGCCUUGGGACGUCGACCCGAGCAAAGUACCGGUCCCCGAAGUAUCUGAAACAGCAAGAGGUCUCAGACCACUCGAGCCCUACGAUAACAGAGACACGAUGGUCCAUUAUGACAUCGACCCAUUGAAUAGAAAGGAACAAUUCUCUGAAGAAUGGGAUUACAUCAACGGAAACCCAAGAACGAUCAAAUCCGAGACGGCUGGAAAUUUCAACUGGUGGACCAACCUGUAUCAAAUCGCACUUGUAAUCUGGCAAAUGGUGUCCCUCUGUCACGCAGAACUUCCACCCUCGCCUGAAAAGAUGACGAUCAAAAUGCUCGACGGCACCGAAACGACCGCAUAUGGCUUUGGUGGCUACAUCCUCAACGACAAGAAGUUCAAGCACAUCGACCGUGACCUCCGCGAGCUGAUCAAUCAGUGCAUGCUUCAUGUUCCCGCCAUGCGCCCGACGAUGGAGCAGCUUGAGAACCUUCUCCGAAGCAAGACGAACAUCCAGGGCGUGGACCCGCAAAACCAGGAACAGGUGGAGGCGCAGAGAUAUUGUGAAUGGCUGUUCAGGGAGACUCCGGCGCCCAAACCGGCGCAGCCAGUUGACCACAAACUACCGGCUGGGCUGAGGGGUUGGACGGUCAAGAAUGUGGUGGAGGAGCAAAAGAUUUGGUUGGAGACGCCCGAGGAGGCAGCGAGAAGGAAGGCGCUGAAUAAGGCUGCACAGACGAGGCAGAUGAACCCGGGGAGGAUGCUGGCAAAUAGGUUUGGGAUUGUGAGGGAGGUGAGGAAUUUAUGGGGGGAUUAUUUCAAGAGGAAGUGA